GCUGCGCAAAAUGUGAUGCAGCAGAGAUGCAAUGACGCAGUCGAUUCGAAGCGAAUAAGCGUUUUCCUACUGGAGCGUUUUCUGGCAGCACAAACGGUGUCGGCUGCUUCAGCAGAAGAACUUACAUUCAACAAAGGUACACAUGUGAUUGGAGGAUGGAGGACUGUGGUACAGGGAGAGGAUGUGGACUUAUCCUGCAGACUGAUAGAGACAACUGAGGACCUCGAACAGAUAACAUGGCAGAAAAGUACUUGGGAAGAAACACAGAACCAUAAUUUUAUGCUGAUUGAUCCCAAUGGGGUUACUAAAUUUAUUUCACAGAAUGGAUUGACAGGUAGAGUCCAGUUUAUUGGGAACCCAUCAGAAAACCUUGGAUCUAUUAGAAUAACUGCUGUCAGACUGCUUGAUGAAGGCAUCUUCACAUGUAUCUUCAGUGUUUUCCCCAGUGGAGCAUACACUACAGAGAUACCUCUGACUGUGCUAGUUCCUCCAGUAGUGAGUGUGACAGCUGAUGUUGCUCCUGUCAUUGGGGAGAAUGAGGUUGUCUUGUCAACCUGCGUGGCUGCUGGUGCCAAGCCACAGGCAGAAGUGACAUGGAAGACAGGUGAAUUUGGCAGUUUGUUGAGGACGGUGACCAACUCCACCCAGCACACCAAUGGCACCACCACAGUACUCAGCCACCUGCUCGGGGUACCAACCAAGGCAGCCAAUCAGCAGCAGGUCCAGUGUGUGGUCAACCAGUCUGCCCUGGCAACAGAGAAGACCUACAACUACAGCAUAAACAUCCACUAUCCACCUCAGUCAGUGAACAUUACCCUUAGUGAGGCCUCUAAAGCCAUAGUCUUCCUAUGUGUAGCAGACAGCAACCCACACCCCAACUACACCUGGAGCAGAGUGGUCCAGCCAUGGCCUGGGUCUUCAGUGAGAGCUGAGGGAGACAAACUGCACCUCCUCAGUCUCAGCUCUGAGCUGAAUGGUCUCUAUGUCUGUCUGGCCUCCAACCCCUACGGACGAGCCACUGGCUCCCUCUAUGUACACACAUCCUCUGAGACCUCUGCUGCCUGUUGGGUUCUACUCAUUCUAGUCAUUCUCUGUCUGAUUGUUGCUGCGGCUGCACUCAUAUGGUACCGGUGCAAAUACGAACAGUUUCCUUGGAGUUCAUUCGUGGCCAAGGCACCAGAACAGACUGUAUCAGUAUCUUCCAAGACGAGGAGACAUGACAAGGUUGAGGAAGGUGAAGAUGUCUCAUUGACUGCAACUGUCCAAACCAGGAAGGAGCCUGAGGAAGAGGAAGAAGUAUCAUGAUAACAUUGGAAACCUCGACUCCAUCACCUCUUCACCCAGUGCUGGUCCUCGUUUCAGAUUUUUGAUCCCCUCUCGUGGACUCCGCCUUGCCGUGGUUGAGGGGCUUUGCUGCUUCAGCGGGAACAACAACUCUCCUGUACAGUAUGAAUGUACAGUAUGUAUGUACAGUGCUUUCAGAAAGUAUUCAUACCCCUGGACUUAUUCCAUAUUUUGAUGUGUUGCAGCCUGAAUUUCAAAUGGAUAAAAAAUAUUUUUCCACACUCAUCUACACAUAAUAACCCAUAAUGACAAAGUGAAAACAUAUUUUUUUAAAUGUUUGCACAUUUAUUGAAAAUGAAAUACCUAAAUAUCUAAUUUACAUAAGUAAUCACACACAUAAGUCAAUACAUGCUAGAAUCACCUUUAGCAGUAAGUCUUUCUGGGUAAGUCUCUAAAAGCUUUGCACACCUGGAUUGUACAAUAUUUGGACAUUAUUACAAUUUUUUAAGCUCUGUCAAGUUGGUUGUUGAUCAUUGAUAGACAGCCAUUUUCAAGUCUUACCAUAGAUUUUCAAGCCAAUUUAAGUAAAAAGUAGGCCACUCCUGAACAUGUAGUGUCGUCUUGGUACGUAACUCCAAUGUAUAUUUGGUCUUGUGUUUUAGGUUAUUGUUCUGCUGUAAUGGGAAUUUGUCUCCCAGUAUCUGGAAAUCAGACUGAACCAGGUUUUUCUCUAGGACACUGCCUGUGCAUAGCUCUAUUCCAUGUAUUUUUAUACAAAAAAAACUCCUUGCCGAUGACAAGCAUACCCAUAACAUGAUGAAGCCACCACCAUGCUUGAAAAUACAGUAUGAAGUGUGGUUCUUUUCACUUUAGGAUGCACGUUUUGGAAUAUUUUUUUCUGUAGAAAGUUUCCUCCUUUUCACUCUGUCAUUUAGGUUAGAAUUGUGGAGUCACUGCAAUGUUGUUGAUCCAUCCUCAGUUUUCUCCUAUCACACCACUAAACUCUGUAACUGUUUCAAAAACACAAUUGGUCUAAUGAUGAAAUCCCUGAGCGGUUUCCUUCCUCGACUACGGCAACUGAGUUAGGAAGGACGCCUGUAUCUUUGUAGUGACUGUGUAUUGAUACACCAUCCAAAGUGUAAUGAAUAACUUCACCAUGCUCA